UAUGUUGUGAACUGUAUGCAAAGAAUCUGUGUCAAUCGAAGGUUAAAAUUGCGUAAAACAAACUAAAUAAUUUUGUGCAAUUAUAAACAAUAAUACAAAACUCAAAAGAGUUCGAACACAUUGUCGUUGGUCGAUAUUUAUCAAAUCGACAAAAAUAUUAAGUUGCAAGGUUAGAUAACCUAAAACCUGUGUGAUUUUGUCGUAAUAUUUUCGCCAUUUUGCAAAAUCAUGAGUUUGGACGAUUUGAAACAACAACGCGCCAUUACAAAAAAGAACAUUUCCCGCAUUAAAACUGUGAUCGGCGCCAACGCAAAAGGUGAAGGCAAAUCACUCUCUGCCGCAGAAUUAAAAUGUCGCCUGGGUAUUUUGGACUCAUAUUUUAAACAAAUUUUGUCGGUUCAAAAUAAAAUCGAAAACAUUGACCCAGACGACAAUGGCCGUGCUGACAUCGAGGAUUUGUAUUGCUACAUCAACUCGCAGAUACAACACCAACUGGUUGAGGACGGACAUAACACAACUUUUGCGGAAUCGUCGUUUGCUAUCGCUGUCCCCUCAAACAAGCUGCCACGACUGAAGUUGCCUAGCUUCAAUGGCAAGUACAGUGAGUACAAAAACUUUAUAAAUUCGUUCAAACAAAUCAUCGAUCGUGAACAUGGGCUUUCGAAUAUUGAGAAAUUCAACCAUUUGCUGAACUGUCUCCAUGGUCACGCUCUAGAAACAGUGAAAGCAUUCCAAGUGACGAACGAAAAUUAUCCCAAGGCUUUAGAACGGCUGAAGACACGCUAUGACAAUAGCACCCUCAUAUUUAUGGAAAAUAUUUCCACUCUUUUCGAUCUGCCUGAUGUUUCUAAGCCUAGCUCUGGUCAACUAAGAAGCCUUGUGGAUAAUGUUUCAGCCCUCUACAGUUCACUUCAGUCUCUUGGCUCGCCCACUGAUAUUGUAAAUGCAAUGCUGAUCCAUAUUGUGAUGGGAAAAGUUGAUAGUGACACCAAAAGAAAGUGGAAAGACUCCUUGGACUUUAGCAAACUUCCAACAUGGGAGGAUUGCUCUAAUAUUCUCGAAAGAAGAUGUCAAUACUUGGAAUCAUUGGAUUCAAACACAAUUUCUCGUCGACAAGAUCACCAUUCUGGUAAAUCUAACCAAAAAUUAUCGAAACAUGGUUAUACUUUCUCGUGCUCCAAACGUGUUUGUGCCUUCUGUUCCAAAUCUGAUCAUUAUAUCGCACAAUGUCAACGCUUUAAGGACUUAGAUGUACCAACCCGCUUCGAAAAUGUAAAGAAAUUUGGUCUUUGCAUUAACUGUCUCGCCAAAGGUCAUCAAGUCACCAACUGUCCCUCAUCGUUCAAAUGUAAACACUGUUCUCGCUCACAUCACACAAUGCUCCAUCGUUCGCAAUUGGAUCAAGGUCCAUCCUCUCCUGAACCAACUCCAUCGACAUCUAGAGCAGCUGCAACUGACAUUUCUGCUUCUGUUCACGCCCAUAUGGAAAGUUCAUCGCCUCAUGUUCUUCUCGCCACAGCUAUGGUUUUAGUUCGUGAUAAUUCUGGCUCAUACAAGUUAGGAAGAGCUCUAUUGGAUUCUUGUUCACAACUAAAUUUCGUCACCGAUGAGUUUGCUCAGCGUUUAAAACUACAACGAGUGAAAAAAUCCGUCGAAGUGUCCAGCAUUGGAAAUUCCAGCACGAAAGUCAAGCAUAACUGUUCUACAAACAUAAAAUCUCGCAUUACAGACUUCGAAGUUCCGCUUUCGUUUUGUAUUACGCCGCAUAUUUCCUAUCAACCUGACUCGGAAUUAGACGUUACUUCGUGGAAUCUACCUCCGAACACAGAACUUGCUGAUGACAACUUCUACAAAUCAAGGAAAAUCGACUUGCUCAUUGGUACUGAAACAUUCUUCGAUAUUUUGUCUGUUGGUCAAAUCAAGCUUGGUCCUAAUCUACCCAAACUACAAAAAACUUUGUUUGGUUGGAUUGUCACUGGGAAAUACAAUUCUUCAAGAGAAAACAACUUUGUGUCUUCGUAUUUGCUCUCAACCGAGGAAAAAAUCAACAUGAAUUUAGAACGUCUAUGGAAAAUUGAGGAAAUUGAUGCUGCCUCAACUCAAACUACACCAGAACAAUUAGAAUGUGAAAUAUUCUUCCAAACCACAGUGUCCCGAGAAUCUUCAGCCUCAGGAAUUGGAGCACGCUAUACUGGCAAUCGUUUGGCACAUUCAACAACAACACUUCAAAGAUGACAUUGUUCGAGCUGCAAAGAAGAAAGAUCCUCAAGGCCCGCUAAAGUGUCUCAACCCAUUUCUUGAUUCUUCAACAGGCAUAGAAAUUCUAAAGGUUGGAGGCCGUCUUGAAUUAGCAGACAUUCCUGAGGCUC